ACUCCGGAUGCCCGCAAGGCUCAAUUUUAGGUCCACUUCUUGCCCUCCUGUACCUUGACGGACUCCCUGGACAACUGAAAAACACCGCCCUAUUUUACGCUGACGACAUUUCAUUAUACGCAUCAUACACACCCGACAACAUGACACAAGCACAACUUUCACUUCAAGAAGACCUUAACACAAUUGAGCAGUACGCACAGCAAUGGGCCAUUACUUUUAGUUCAUCAAAAACCAUAACUCAGACAUUCAGCACAAGAAAUAACUAUACUUCACCUCAACUUCAAUUCAAUGGGCAACUAAUAUCAAAAACGGACACUCAUAAGCAUCUGGGAUUAACUCUAUCAGAAGACCUGCGUUUCAAGACCCACGUUACCACAAUCAUUCAAAAAAUAAACAUCGCCCUCAGCCCCCUCUACCCAAUUGCGAAAUUCCUUCCACGACAGACACUAAACACCAUAUACAAGACCUACGUGCGACCAUACUUCGACUAUUGUGACUGCAUUUACGACGGACACAUCACUGCACAUGACGAAUUAAGACUGGAAAGACUACAAAACAGAUCCGCUAGACUCGUGACGAACACACUACAUCGGACAUCCACAGACAAACUUAGAGACGAACUCGGUUGGGACAGUUUGAAGACGAGACGAAAAAUCCACAGGCUUUUUCUAUACAAAAAGAUCAUAGACAAUACACCUCGCAUACCAAACUACAUUACAAACAUGAUCCCAGAGGAGAGAGGGCGCACGGCAGGACGAAAUCUCAGAAAUCAAAACCACCACACAGUCCCGCGAACUUCAAAAUCCUGCUACCAGAGAUCCUUAAUUCCCAAAACAUCCCUGCACUGGAACCAAUUGCCUACGCACAUACGAAACUGCCAAGAGAUGAAAAAAUUCAAACAAAGCAUUAAACUACUACUCGGCACACCACAGCCCCCACACUACAACGCACUAGGAACUAAGGUUGGGAACACUUUGCACACACAAAUCAGACUGGGGAUGUCCAAGUUAAACGCACACCAGUACUCUAUACAAAAAGUAACAAGCCCCGAGUGCGCCUGUGGCUACACACAAGAAAACACAAAACACUUCAUCCUCCACUGCCCACACUACGCACUAACGAGGUCCACACUAUUUGCACAAGUAUCCACACACCUCAACAUUGAUUUCAACAACCAAUCAGACACCAUGAAAUUAGACACACUUCUACACGGACACAACACGACAAAGCAAAACGCACCUCAGGUUCUCCUUGCCUUUCAAUCCUUCCUCAAAAACACAUCCAGACUGAUAUAG